UCCUAUCCAGGGAGAGAGAUACACACACACACACACACACACAGUGCACAACAUCACAAUAGAUUGAUGGCCCAGAGAGGGCUGACGGGGUGAUUGUAUGAGACAACACAACGCAUCAUGGAGCCAUGUGGGUCCCGACGCUGCGAGGUCAGAGCAUGAGCCACUGAGCAGUUUUGUGGUGGGGGCGGGGGGUGAUCUCUAUCAUGAUUUACAAGAGAAAUGGAGGCAGAGGAAGGGUAUAUUGUUUUGAAUGAUGCUAAUUUGUUCUACCAGUGUAAAUGGAUGUCGCAAUCAGUUAAGAGACUUCACCUUAUGUGGGAGAACCACCAUUUUUUAUUUGUACUGUCCUAAGGCUUGUGUCUGAGACUGGUAUUUAUCUAACUGCUAUUGUUAAAUUGGAUGAUCAGGCUUGAUUGACAGAUGGAUUGAGCGCUCAUUCUCCUGAAGAUGGGGGAAUCCAUUUCCUGCAGUGGGAUAGUGUGGGGUCAAAGUUGAUUGGCCUGUCACCAACACCCUUAUCAACACCAUCGAUGACUUCAGGGGCCGUGUGUGUGUGAGACACUGUGCAAAACAGGAUGUUUUUAUGAAUGUGUGUUUGUAUCACAAAGAGGAAGUCCAUGUGUGCUGAGUAAGAGGAUGCUCGUGGUCAGCGAUGGUGAGUCAUUGAUUGUAAGCGCUUCAGUGAUGGCACAUGACUUGGGAUAGCUUAACUGUAUAUGGAAACACAGCUUCAUCAAUUAGACGUUGACAUAGGAUGGAAAACUGCACUUUUCCACCAUCCUUAUCUGGAUCCAGAUAACACCGGUUUCAUCGCAGUGGAGAACUUCACCAGCUUGGUGGAGCACCAUGAGCUGCAGCUGGAUCCGUCCAAACUGGACAUGCUGUUAGCGCUGGUCCAGAGCAAUGAAGAGGGCCAAGUGUGCUACCAGGAGCUCAUCGAGCUGAUGAGCAGCAAGCGCUCCAGCAGCUUCCGCCGAGCCAUUGCUAAUGGCCGUCGUACACUGCAGAGGGAGAUCCUGCUGGAUGAGACGGGCCUGGGUCUCUACAAACGCUUUGUCCGCUACGUCGCCUACGAGAUCCUGCCCUGCGAGACGGACCGGCGCUGGUACUUCCACCAGAACCGCCUGUGUCCCCCACCCGUCUUCAUCGCCGUCAUCACCAUCGUCCAGAUUAUCGUGUUCAUGUGCUACGGCAUCAUGCUGAACAAGUGGGUGCUGCAGACCUACCAGCCUGACUUCAUGAAGAGCCCCCUGGUGUACCACCCGGGCCAUCGCGCUCAAGUGUGGCGCUUUUUCAGCUAUAUGUUCAUGCACGUCGGGUUGGAGCAGUUGGGCUUCAAUGCUUUACUGCAGCUGAUGAUUGGCGUUCCUUUGGAGAUGGUCCAUGGCGUCUUACGAAUAAGUCUGCUUUACAUGGCAGGAGUGCUGGCUGGCUCACUGACAGUGUCCAUCACCGACAUGCGUGCUCCGGUGGUGGGGGGCUCCGGUGGAGUCUACGCUCUCUGCUCGGCGCAUCUGGCCAACGUCGUCAUGAACUGGGCUGGGAUGAGAUGUCCGUACAAGCUGCUCCGCAUGAUCCUGGCAUUAGUUUGCAUGAGCUCAGAGGUGGGCCGAGCAGUGUGGCUGCGCUUCUCCCCACCUCUCCCCUCCUCCGGGCCACAGCCCAGCUUCAUGGCCCACCUGUCAGGCGCCGUGGUGGGCAUCAGCAUGGGGCUCCUCAUCUUACGGAGCUAUGAGGAGAGCCUGCAGAAGCAGUGCUCCUGGUGGGUCAUCGUCUUCUCCUUCAUCACUUUCCUCCUCUUUGCCAUCUUUUGGAAUAUAUUCGCCUACGAUCUGCUGGGUGUGCAGAUCCCACCUCCUCCCUGAUGACGGACUUCGAGCAGGUUCUGCCUUUCAUUUUACCCAUUGGUUCCACCCCCAAUGAGAUGAAAUCAUUCACAACCCAGUUGUUUUUGUACAGAUACUUUGCAAAAGGAAGUUAUGUCUCUUUUAUUAAAGAGGGUAGCAACAAGUGCAAGCUCCUCGGAUGCAUUUGAGAAGCUUCUUUAUCUGUUUGGACACAGUGUGCUGAUAGCGUCUCAAUAUUUAGCUGCUGUGCUUCUUUAAAAGCUUUCAUUUCAUGACAUGUGCCUCCGGUGAAAAGAAAUGAGCCACAAACAAAAGCACAUUUCAUUUCCCUUACAAUUGGUAAGCUUUGUUUUCCUUCUAUCGUCUUUUAUCACAAUUCCUGCUUUGAACCAACACUGUGCAUACAGAAAACAGAGCAGAAACCAUUGUGGCAAAAUGUACAUUUCAGAUAUGCUGUUAAGGUAACCAUGGCGACAGGGAAGGAAGGAUAAGAAGGCCGACUGCACUGGUGAGGUCAUCUUCAUUGAGUGGAAUCCACUUUUUGCAGUGUAAAUGAUGCCACAUAAAUACAAAGUAACGCCAGAAUGAUUCAUACCCUGGAUAGAUUCUUUUUGGUCAAAGUCACUUUUGGCUUAUGGAACGGUCAUCUUUUGGCUGGAAAUGGGCUGCACGGUGGUUGAGUGGUUAGCGCACAGACCUCACAGCUAGGAUUCAAUUCCAUCCUCGGCCAUCUCUAUGUGGAGUUUGCAUGUUCUCCCCGUGCAUGCAUGGGUUUUCGCCGGGUACUCCGGUUUCCUCCCACAUUCCAAAAACGUGCUAGGUUAAUUGGCCACUCUAAAUUGUCCAUAGGUAUGAAUGUGAGUGUGAAUGGUUGUUUGUCUUGUCUAUAUGUGCCCUGUGAUUGGCUGGCCACCAGCCCAGGGUGUACCCCGCCUCUCGCCCCAAGACAGCUGGGAUAGGCUCCAGCACCCCCGCGACCCUCGUGAGGAUAAGCGGUAGAAAAUGAAUGAAUGAAUGAUUGUUAGUAUAUUUAAAUAACUUCAUGAUAUCUGACUUUGCAACAGCUAUUAUGCAUUAUAAUUAGGGAUGUCUAAUAUUAUCUUUUUUGCCGAAAACCAAUUUGCCGAUUUUAUCCAACUCUCAAUUUCCGAUACCGAUAUCAGCCAAUACCUCCUGUGGUGGAAAGAACACAUAUGUGUUGAAUACAGUAUUUCUUGUAUAUCGCUUUGAAAAAAUGUGAUACCGAUAUCAACCAAUAUUUUAUUUUCAUGCUGAUAUUGGUGCCAUGACACAUUUGAAGCCUAAUUUCCACAAUUCAUUCAUUCAUUCAUUUUCUACCACUUUUUCCUCCCGAGGGUAGCGGGGGGUGCUGGAGCCUAUCCAAGCUGUCUUCGGGCGAGAGGCGGGGUACACCCUGGACUGGUCGCCAGCCAAUCACAGGGUAAUUUCCACCAUUGCAGCUUUAAUCUUGGAAAAUGGUUCACUUCUUGAGGGAGUAUGAAUUAUUU